AUGCAAUCCGGAUACACCUGCUCAAGGUGCUUGCAUAGUCUAAAGAAAUUCACUAAUACCAGAACCAAAACUCAAGGAUACAGCUCAAUUCUUCAGCGCAGAUGGGGAUCUUUAAGUACGAGACCGAGCAUACAAAAUGCAACAAUUCCCAGUUCUCCAAUUCACCGGCGUGCUGUCACCUCUCAAAAUUAUCAAGGACAAACCUCAGUAGAUGAGCCGCCGGAAAUAGCUACACCUCCUGGACGGGCAAAACUGCCUUCAGCCACCACUCUCUCCGGCAAUGUCCUCCUCGAACCCGACAACCUCUUUCACCACUUCUCGGACUCGCCAUCACCAGACAUACGGCGAAGAGCUGCUUUCAUGAAGACUCACGCCUAUUGUUCUCAUCCCUCCCAUCACCAGACUCGAAUGCCGCUGUCUCCCCACGACCCAGAAGCAAGAAAAGGAGCACAGUCAACGCAACCCCCAGCUUUCGUCCGCUUCGAAUGUCCUGAUUGUGGAACACCAGUGUCAUGUUCAGAAGAACAUUGGGCUGAUGAUUAUGAGUCCCAUACGGAGAUAUGUGACGUCCUUCGAGAGAUCAACGAGGAUGACCACGAUCUGCGCUCCGGACGUUUCUUCCCUGAAUUUGAGUACCCGGGCCCACAGAUGGAGGAGGCAUUGGUCAAUAUGACCAAUUGGGAUACGUACCUAUACACGCGUGAAUACAGGGCUAUCAACGAAGAAAGACCCUUACGUCAAGUAACCAAGCUCCUCACCUACCCAGUCACUAUUGGCAGCAUACUCUCCGAACUCAGCCCGUACAAUAUCCGCCGAAACGGCCGUAUCACAACCGAAGGACUGAAGUCUCUCAGCGCUCUCCGCUACACCCUACACCCUCCCCGCACCGGCGCCGACGGCACUAUAAAAGGUCUCCGUCUCAAUCCCCCUCCCGUUCGUAUCUUUAUUCUCGGAGCCCGCGCCGAAUCCUCUCUUCCUCGCGAGGUGUGGCAACAAUUAUCUUUCAUCUUUCCCCGCGUUGCUUUCCAUCUAAUCUUCAUCGGCCCAGAAUCGAUGACAAAUCGAGACGCUGAAUUUCCACUCCCGGAGCGAACGCCCGGGAACCCAUUCGGUGCCGUGGUCGAAGAUCGCAUAAGUCAUGAGAUGAAAAUCAGUACCUUUGUCGAAUACUACCAUACACUGCACCAAGCCGGGCUAUUCCACCCUUACGACCCCUACUUUGACUGCUUCGUUCUUUUUCACCCUGGUUUGGGCCAUCCGGCCAGUUCGCACGAGUGGGCAGAUACGCUCCCCCAAUUAUUGGAAACCAAAGUCCCUAUCAUCUCCACCGGUUACACAGAGUGGGACAUGGAACGAGACCGAAAAUGGGUAGAAGACAAGGUGGGUGGAGAGAUGGACAUAUUGAUGGAGCCCGGAGAGAAUAAAUUUCGGAGCUUGAGGUGGGAUUUAAACGAGUUUGACCCAACGGAUGUAAGUUGUGGAAAUUGGGGUGUUUGGGCUUUCAGGGGGAAGAGGUAUGCUCCUUUCAUUCCCCUCUCGAGAUUGAACAUCAUGCUGAACAAGUAA